GGAAAUAAUUGUAAAUUGCAUUGUAAAUCGCAUCAAUUGGAACUCAUUUAACACCCUUUAUGCAAUGACUUAUUCAUCAUUCCCCCACGAAGACCUGCCGCGUAGUUAAUACGUAAUACAUUGUUAAUAAGCGCGAUGAUAUUAAAGAGAAAUCUUAGAAUGUGAAGACAGGAUCAAUUGUUUCAUAAAUAUAAAACGUGAUUUGUGAUGCAGCAAGAAAUUUUUGCAUUAUACUUGUAAGAGUUUCGCGGGCAAAUGGCGGAUCAAUAUUUCACCCCCACGCGAAUCUGAGCGGCAUUCCCCAAUUACCAAAGAUUUAUACGAAGUAAUUUGAGUUUCCAUACAAUACAUAUCCUGUACGUGAUUCUUAAAAGGAAAGCUUUAAUGUGAAAAUUACAGAUCAUAUAAAAAAUGUCAGUUUUAUUAGGAUUGUAAACUUUAUCGAAAUAUCAAGUGAUGCUACGUGAAAAGUGAAACGAUAAUACCACCCCUUCAAAGUCGAGCGUGAGGAAAUUGACAAAACGUUUCAUUAUAAUUACAUUCCUUUCGUGGAUGUGAAAUAUCUUGUUAUUCAAAAUUCGUUUUAGGACGAUUAUAAUGUGUGGACGAAGAUGCUGAAAAAACAGCAAUCAGCGUAUUUUUCAAAGAAGAAAAACGCUGAUGAUGAAUCCUUACAAAAUUGUUUACACAACAUUUUAUACCUAAUACAAAGUAAAAAAUUUAGGAAGUUUACACAAUAACUCAUUUAAUGCUGUUAAAAGCAUUCUAAUACAUGUAUGAGAAAAAAAAACAAUGCUACAUAUAUCAGGUGCUGCGCCAAAAUACUACCUCUGCUAUGUGUACAAAGUUAUAAAAUUGAUUGUUUUAGAAGUAAAAUAAAAUUAUUAAAUAUAUAUAUAUAUACACACUACACACAUAUAGGAAUAUAAAUAUAAAUGGAGAAAUAUAUUCUGAAUUAUAAAUAUUUAUAUGUAAAUGCAUAAGAGAAAACUGGAAGCUCUUCCUUAAUCCAUGUUCUCUUGCUUAACAAUGUAUUAUCAACAAAUAAUAUGACAAGAGGACAUUUUAACACAAUGAUCUACUGACAAAUGUAUAAAAGUAAAAAUAUCUAUAUAUUAAUAGCUCAAAAGAAAUAGUUAAUGAGUAAAUAAAAAUGAGCAUACCAUAUGAUGAAAACUUGGUAUGGAUAGUAGUGGUUGGAUUUGUAGUGGCCUUUAUUUUGGCAUUUGGAAUCGGAGCGAAUGAUGUUGCAAAUAGUUUUGGAACAAGUGUUGGUGCAGGAGUACUUACAAUAUUUCAGGCUUGUAUUUUGGCAACUGUUUUUGAAAUUGCAGGAGCUGUACUCAUUGGCUAUAAGGUUUCUGAUACUAUGAGAAAGGGUAUAUUAGAUGUAACAUUAUACGAAGGUCAUGAAAAAGAAUUAAUGGUUGGAGCAUUGUCUAGUUUAGCUGGAUCUGGUAUCUGGCUAUUACUAGCAACAGCAUUACGAUUACCUAUUUCUGGAACACAUUCCAUUGUUGGUGCUACAGUUGGUUUUUCACUUGUCUGUAAAGGUGCUGCAGGGGUCAAGUGGAUAGCUCUUGCAAACAUAGCAGCGUCUUGGUUUGCAAGUCCUAUACUUAGCGGAAUUGUAUCAGGUGCUAUAUUUUGGGUUCUAAGAAAAUCAGUACUUCAAUCUAGCAAGCCUUUAGAACAAGGUCUUCAUAUUCUCCCAGUAGCAUAUGGACUCACUGUUGCUAUUAAUGUUAUAUCAGUUGCACAUGAUGGACCUAAACUUUUAAUGUUAGAUCAAGUGCCAUGGUGGGGUAGUAUUUUAACUGCAUUAGGUUUUGGUUUAUUUUCAGCUGUCAUUGUUUAUUUAUUUGUUGUGCCAUGGCAAAGAAAAAGGAUAUUACUUUCAUUGAGUAGCAAUGAAAAAACAACAACUAAUUUUGGUACCUGUGAUAAAAAAGAAACAACAGCACUAUCUGUUAUUUCUGAAGCCCCAUGUAGUAGUAAUAGUAAUGGUAAUGCAAAAGAAGCAGCACCAAAAUUACGCGGUAAUAGCAGUGCAAGCCCUCUUUUAAUGGUAGCAGGAUCAGAUGUUGAGGGUGUUCAAACUGAAAUUGAAAGGAAAAAUGAAGAACCACCAGAAAUAUCUAGACUCUUUGCUUUUUUGCAAGUACUAACUGCAGCAUUUGGCAGUUUCGCUCAUGGUGGCAAUGAUGUCAGUAAUGCAAUUGGUCCACUUAUUGCACUUUGGGCUGUGUAUGCAGAAGGAUCAGCUAGGCAAGAGGCAGACACUCCAUUGCUUAUAUUACUUUAUGGUGGUUUAGGAAUAUCAACUGGUCUUUGGGUAUGGGGACGUAAAGUAAUACAAACUCUAGGACAAGAUUUAGCACGUAUUACACCAACUACAGGAUUUACUAUAGAGGUAGGAGCGGCGGUAACUGUUUUGUUGGCAAGUAAGGCUGGUUUACCUGUGUCAACAACUCAUUGCAAAGUGGGAUCUGUUGUUUGUGUGGGAUGGGCUUCGCGUGGUGGUGAGGGAGUUUCAUGGAAAUUAUUUCGUAAUAUUGCAUUUGCAUGGUUAAUUACUGUACCAGUGGCUGGCUGCUUAUCUGCAGGAUGUAUGGCUAUCUUUAAGGAAAUAAUUAGUUUGUGACUUAACUGUCGGGGCAACUAAUCCAUUUUAGUGAAAACCAUCCAAUGCUACUGUUGUCAAUAAUUUAUGCGAAAAUAAAUGAUCAAAUAUAAAUUGA